UUCUGCUGAGCCAAGCCAUAGAAAAUGACGAUUUUCGCUUCAAAACUCUCAAGAUAACAGAUUUCGGUUUAGCCCGGGAAGUCUACAAGACCACACGCAUGUCAGCAGCCGGCACUUACGCCUGGAUGCCGCCCGAAGUUAUUAAGACGAGUACAUUCUCUCGAGCCAGCGACGUGUGGAGCUACGGGGUUCUGUUAUGGGAAUUGUUAACUGGGCAGACACCGUACAAAGGAAUUGACGCUCUUGCUGUAGCCUAUGGAGUUGCUGUUAAUAAAUUGACGCUGCCAAUACCGUCCACUUGCCCUGUGAAAUGGAGAGAUCUAAUGGAAGCGUGCUGGGAAUCGGAUCCACACCGAAGGCCGGACUUUCCCAAGGUGUUAGAAGCGUUGGAUGAUAUAGCCAGGUCGGCCUUCGCGAAUACACCACACGAAUCAUUCCAUUCUAUGCAGGACGACUGGCGCAGAGAGAUUGAAGAAGUGCUCUUAGAAUUGCGCAGAAAAGAAAAGGAACUGCGGUGCAGAGAAGAAAUUCUGAAACGAGCGCAACUUCAACAAAAACAACACGAAUACGAGUUACGUCAGAGAGAAGAAGACUUAGAUGCACGAGAAAUCGAACUAUUAGCACGCGAAUUAAGGAUAAUGAUUAAUGGACUAAAUGCACCCGAACCCUGCAAAAGACGUGGAAAGUUUAAAAGAUCUCGAUUAAAGUUGCUGAAGAAAGAACCUGGUCAGAUUAGUUUGCCAUCAGACUUUCGCCAUACUAUAACUGUACAACAUACUGCAGUGAGUGAAAACGCGAGGCAUCGACUUGAAACGCCUCCUGGUUCGCCUGCCAUACCAAGACUGAGAGCAAUAGCUUUGCCUUCCGACGGCGUUAAGGGCAAAACGUGGGGUCCUUCAACACUUCAUCAACGCGAGCGAACUGUUCUGCCUGGUGCCAUGCACCGUGCUCAUCAGCGCGGAGCUCCAGCGUUUAGUAAAAGCGCUCCCAACUUGGACAAGACAAGACCUCAUGGGUCAGGAACACUUCGAGUGCAGGAAUUAGAUUACAGUUCUAGUGAAUGGGGUCCUGAGAUGCCAAUUGCAAUGGGUUAUCAAAGCAGGGCGACUGAUAUACCCAUGCCUACGUUAUACACAGCUGAUGGCGUGCGUCCCAGAGCGAAACUAUCAAUUGUGGAAUUAGUUCUUUAUAAUAUGGCAUCCAUGUUAGCCAGUUUUGCUGCAGGCUAUGAUGUUCGAGUUUCUAACGUCUCUCCUCUUCAUCCGAGGCUGCAACCUAAUAGGCCAGAAGAAGACGAGGAGACAUCAUCACCGCCUUACAGACUUCCCAUAGAACCGCCAAUGCAGAGAUCUUUACCUCCUUUAUAUCAAGAUGAAGACGAUGUGCUUAGCAAGUAUUCUGAUUAUCAUUACAACAAUCAAUCUGCUCCUGGUGUCUACGCGCAUCAUACUUACCACGGGCCUGCACGGCAUUCAAGAGCUGCGUUAAUGCCUCAUAAUACAUCAGGAGUUUGUGCACCGGGAUAUGGUUUGAUAGGCCAUGUGACUGGUAUCUAUGGAAAAGAGGUCGCUGGUUAUGAGAAGGAUGAAAAUAUUAGGCCGUUAAGGUUUACUGAUUCGCCGCAACAUUUACCAAACAGCGCCAGUUCGGGAGGUAUGCAUGCUCAUCAUCACACAGGUGUACCACAAACUCAGACGUCAUCAACUUUGCUAUCAGAUACCGCAACAACAAAUAGUAAUACUUCUGGUGUUGGAUCAACCCUAUUAAGUGGGCCGCCACCUACGCCUAGUCCUCGACGAAAAACCAGUUCAGACGCUGGUGACUAUUCAGUCAAUUCUGAUCGAGUUCCUGGCAUAUAUAUUCCUGGAAAUUAUUUGCCCAAUGAACUUCCUCCGGAGGGAACUUAUUUAAACAGUUAUGCAUCACCGUAUAAAACUGAGAUCAAUCAUGGAUACCAGUAUGAUAAGAGUGAUUACGCUGGAAAAUAUUCACAUCACAACACAUCGGAUUAUUUGAUAAAUCAGUCAACCAACUAUCAGGACAGUUAUUAUCAAGACUAUAAUGCGUGUUACGAUCGCAUGGCUGUGCCGCAAGUAGCUCAUAGACGAACCGGUUCUAAUGCUUCCUCCGCAAGUUUAAGCGCUGUGAACCCGGGCUAUGUAAUCGAAUCCGAUGAAAUGGCCUUGUAUUCCAGUAAACGCAGUGAUAAUUCAGAUACCGCCUACCAGGACUAUCUGGUAAGUCACCAAUGGAAGCAACCCAGCGGUGCCUCCACUCCACAAAGAGGUGGAGAUAUAUAUUACUCAGUGCGAGAACAGGUUGAUCGACCAGGCACCUUAGGCUUAGGCUUGGAAUUAGGAGUAACAAAAUUACGUUCCAGUUUAAAAAAAUAUAAUUCCCAAAAAACUUCUGGUUCCCGAAGUGGCGGUUCGUCGGGCGGUGGCACGCCUACUAAUCCUACUCCACCAGAUAGUCUGACUAGUGAUGACUCCUCUUACCUAAGUGCGAAAGAUUCUUCUAGUUCCCAUUCCAGAGUAAGGUUUAGCCCGGAAACUUUACUGGAUGCUGCUGUAUAUUCGCAAGGGCAACAAAGUUUAGAUACUGUGCAAUUGAUUUCUAGGAGAUCCAGAAGAACGGAUAGGGACUUUCCAUCAUAGCGUCAGCAGGGUGAUGGUUUUAUUUUUUUGGUUGAAAAUUGGACACCGCAUUUUAUGGCAUCAUCUUGCGUCAAAUUUUCAGUAGUUCUCACUGAUUUAGAAAAUUGCCUCUAAAGAUAAUGCCCCUUUGAUUUGCAAAAGUAGAUGGCAAUUUUCUUUUAGCUUACUAAGUUUUUGAAUUACAAAAUCAGACACACAUUUAAAACUUAAGUAAAAAUUUGGGUAGACUGAUAGUCUAGAGUUACUUAAUAAGAUGGAUAUCAAACUAUUUC